UUAGAAAGCCCUCUUAAACCUCAAUAUAAUGGAGGGAUAGUGGUAAAUCCAGAAUUUAAUGACGGAUUAACUGGAUGGACCCUUUCCGGGGAUGCUAAAAUUGAACACAACGUUGCAAAUGAUGGAAAUAAAUUCAUCGUCGCCUCAAAGAGAAAGGGACCAUAUCAUGGUUUCUCACAAGAGUUUCAAUUGGAAAAAGACAAGUUCUAUGUGAUUUCUGGAUGGGUACAAGUGAAUCAUGGCAAUGAUGCCAAUGUAGCAGUUAUAUUCAAGACACAAAGUGGUUAUCAACAUGCUGCUUGGGGGAUUGCUAAAUCUGGUUGUUGGUCUAUGUUUAAGGGCGGUUUAGUUGUCAAUGCAUCUGGUCCUGCUCAACUCUAUCUUGAGACCAAUAAUACGGAAAUUGACAUAUGGGUAGACAGUAUUUCAGUACAAUCAUUUAGCCAAGAAGAGUGGACGUCUCAUCAAACUCAAACCAUUGAAAAGGUACGCAAAAGCAAAGUGGCAAUUCAAGUAGUGGACUCGCAAGGCAAGGCUUUACCUAAUGCGACAAUCUCUUUGAUACAAGGAAGAGCCAAUUUCCCAUUUGGUUGUGCAAUCAACAAAAACAUUCUUAACAACAAUGCUUACCAAAAUUGGUUCUUCUCGAGAUUCAAGUACACGGUAUUUGAGGAUGAAAUGAAAUGGUACAGUAAUGAAAAUACUCGAGGCAAAGUAGACUACUCAACUUCUGAUGCAAUGGUCAAUUUAUGCAAGAGCAAAGGUGUUAGUAUCCGAGGCCAAAGUGUUCUUUGGGACGACCAAAAAUAUCAGCCAAAUUGGGUCCCUGCAUUGUCUCCACAACAACUCUCUGUUGCUGCUGGAAAAAGGGUUGCAUCCGUUGUUAGGAAAUAUAAAGGCCAACUUCUUCAUUGGGAUGUCAUGAAUGAAAAUCUUCACUUCAAAUUCUUCGAGAGUAAACUUGGUCCAAGCGCAUCUGCUACCUUUUAUCGUCUGGCUUCACAAUUUGAUAAUAAAACGCCUCUGUUUUUGAACGAAUAUAAUACCAUAGAAGUGCCAAAUGACGGACAAUCAUCACCAGCUAAUUAUCUUAAUAUGAUAAAACAACUGAGAACAGGAGGAUACGCAGGUACUCUUGGAAUUGGAUUAGAAGGACAUUUUGGUGCUCCGUCCAUACCUUAUAUCAGGGCCGGACUCGAUACACUAGCUUCUGCAAAAUUGCCCAUGUGGAUCACUGAGUUGGAUGUUAGACCAGAGCAAAAUCAGGCAAAAGUGUUAGAUCAAGUUAUAAAGGAGAUAGUUGGACACCCAGCAGUUGAAGGAUUAAUAAUUUGGUCAGCAUGGAAACCAAAAGGAUGUUUCAGAAUGUGUUUAACUGAUAACAAUUUCAAAAAUCUACCCACUGGAGAUGUUGUGGACAAAGCUCGUGCAACUUUAUCACAUGAGGGUUUGAUUGGGACUACAAAUGCCGGGGGUUAUUUCGAGACUUCAUUAUUCCAUGGAGAUUAUAAAGCCAUUAUUACUCAUCCUUCCAUGCCGGAUUCGUCCUUUCACCAUAAUUUGACAGUUACGCCCACAGCAGAAAGUGAUGAGAAAUUAUUACAAAUUUACCGCUGUUUUGAAGUCCAUGCGCUAGAUUAUGACUAUAGUUUUUCAGCGGAGUGUUUGAAAACUCCUCUUAAACCUCAAUAUAAUGGAGGGAUCGUGACAAAUCCAGAAUUCAAUGAUGGAUUAAAUGGAUGGGCUGUUUUUGGAGUUGCUAAAGUUGAGAAAAAUGUUUCAAGCGAUGGAAAUAAAUUCAUUGUUGCCUCAGAGAGGAAAGGACCGUAUCAUGGUUUUUCACAAGAGUUUCAAUUGGACAAAGACAAGUUCUACAUAGUUUCUGGAUGGGUACAAGUGAACCAUGGUGAUGAUGCCACUGUAGCAGUCAUUUUCAAGACACAAAGUGGUUAUCAACAUGCUGCUUGGGCUAAUGCUAAAUCUGGUUGUUGGUCUAUGUUCAAGGGUGGCUUAGUUGUCAAUGCUUCUGGUCCUGCUCAACUCUAUUUUGAGACUAAUAAUACAGCAGUUGACAUAUGGAUAGACAAUAUUUCAGUACAACCAUUUAGCCAAGAAGAGUGGACAUCCCAUCAAACUCAAACCAUUGAAAAGGUACAAAAUUGA